GCUGGACUCAAUAAAAUGGAAACUUUAGCGGCCCUUAACAACCCAACAACAACAACAACUAUACAACAAAAGUUGGAGUGAUCGCAUUAAUUGAUGUUACAAAAGAGGAACUCAACAGCAUCCACUUAAUGCACAUCAUAUACUGAGGAAGAUUAUUCAUUUGUCUUGAAAAUGGCAGCUAAGCAGAGAAGCUCAAGGAAAUCCCCCGGAAUUACUAAACAAACAUUGAAAGCAGAUAGUCAGCCCAAUUCUGAAAGGGAAACCAUUCAACUUGGACCCCGAAUUGAUUGGCGGCGUAUCUUUACUCGUCUGCUGAUGAUAAUUGGGAUAAUGAUUGUUGUGUACUUCAGUAAAGCAAAUAAAAUGGUACCAUUUGCAACACAAAAAGAAGAGAUUAGUAAGCGAUCAGUUGAGAUUGGUUGCUCAAAAGAUUAUGCUGAAGAACUCAAACAUUUCCCAGGAUGUACGCCCAGAAAGUGUGGACGUGUUGUUUUGGACACCUUGGUGACACCCUCGGAAGUAGCAGCUCUUCUCAACAUUGCUGAGCGAGGACUGUCCAUGGGAGGCUCUACUGGUGGUGCAUCCAUUCUAGAUUUACAUUCUGGAGCUCUUUCACAUGGCAAUGCUUUUGUCAAUAUCUAUAAAUUAGAAGAGGCAAAAACCCUUUUCACCAUUCAAGACUUCAAGAUAUAUAGUUAUGUUAAGAAUAAGAUUCACCAUGCGAUUGCUGAUCACUUUGGUAUUAACAGAAAUGAAUUGUAUCUGACACAUCCAACUUUUUUUUCAAGAAUCACUCCUGCUCCUCCACAAACAAUUCAUGAUGAGUAUUGGCAUCCUCAUGUUGAUAAGGAGACCUAUGAAUCAUUCCAUUACACCUCUUUGUUGUACCUAACUGAUUAUAGGUAUCAUUUUGAUGGUGGUCGAUUUAUCUUCAUUGACAAAGACUCGAACAAAACAGUGGAGCCUCGUGCAGGACGAGUGUCAGCCUUCACCUCUGGAUCAGAAAAUUUGCACUAUGUUGAGAGAGUGACAAAUGGCACAAGAUAUGCCAUUACUGUUUCCUUCACUUGUGACCAGAGACACGCCAUUAAUGAUCCCAUGUUACGAAAGUGAUUUGUUUAUAUCUGUUCCAAUAUUUUUAUCUAUUUGUAUUUUUGUAAUGCAAAAUAAGAACCCAUUGUACAUCACAACAUAGAGAUAAUUCAAUUUUGAAAAUGUAGUGAAUUGAACUUUUAGCAUCUAAGUGCUGUAAUGUUAUAGCAUUUUUAAUUUACUCAUAGGUAUUGCAAUAUUAUUGUAUAUGGUAUAGGGUAUUAAUUUUUUCUAGUUACAUUAGCAGAGUUACCUAUUGUUAUCCCUGUUCGAAUAUUUAUAUAUUUAAAGCAAUUAUUCAGAUACAGUUCUUGUUUUGGAAAUGUUAAACUCUUAAUAAGAUUCUGUUAAUGAAUUAAUUCCAUAUUAUAUCUACUCAUUAUGUCUUUCUGGUGAUAGACGGCUUUUCUUAAAUACGGUUAUACAGGAGGGCCCCGUUUUACAGCUCUUCAUUUUACAUCAUUUCACUAAUACAUUGGUUUUCAAUUAUUCACAUUUUUCAUUUAUUCGAACUUGCUGCAAUAAAUAUAUUCACCACUCACUACAAGCUAUGGACAGAAAUAUUUUAAGAUAAGUAAUGUGUGUAUUGAAUAUGCAUUUUUAGGCCUAGCUCUAUUGCUCGCUUAAUGUAUGGUACUGUGAAUAUGCUAUCAGGCUUUUAUAUGAAUUUGAAAGUAAAAAAAAGGCUAUGCUUCAGUUAAUGGCAAUUUUUGCUUUACAGCAGUAGCCUGGAACCUAACCUGCUUGUACUGAUUUUUUCAAAUACUUUUAGUACACUUUGUGUUUACUCUUUGUUAAUAUACAUAUUGACACUGUCAACGUAAAUGCUGUACUGUGUUUUAUCUCAAUAAUUUUCACACCUUGGAUAAAAUGGCAAACAUUGCCUACAUACAUCACUCUUGCUUAUAAAUAGAUGUAUUCAAAAUGAAGCAGUAGACCAUAAAACAACGUAAAUGAAAAAGUAUAAGACAUUUAUUUGCAGUGCUGUGUGUUGAGAUUCUCUUGUAAGUAUCUGGUAACUAAAUAAAUGUUCUUAACUAAAAAUAAAAAACUGGCAUUAUAUUUAUAAUUAAAUUUCAGCAGAUCUACGAUAGUUGGUGGAUAUUGUGGUAGCUAAAUUAUACUAUCAUGUUAAUUUUAGCAAGAUUUAAAGUGUUUUGAUGAAAAAUACAAAAUUUGUGUACACUACCAUGUUCAUAUUAUUAUAUCUGUUAUUGCAUAAAGGAAGUUUUUUGAAGAGUUACAUAUUCAGAGCAGUUUAGCUUGUUAAGCUGAGUCUUCCUGAAAGUCACAAGAUAGACAGCCCUCAGUUUAAUAGACCUCUGUUUAAUGGACUCUGGAAAUAUGGAAUAAAAUCAGCUAGGUCAGUUGAUUUGGUAUCAAUAGACACAGUCCAUUGAUUGAACAACUGACUGUGUUAUCAAAGUAAAAUAUUCUUAUCUAUACCACAGUUGCCAUUAUUGGUCACCCAAUAUUCCCUAUUAGACAGCUAAAUCAGUCUGCAAUGGACUGUUAUGUCCAUUGUUCCCUGAAGGGAGACAUCUUAAUGUCAGUGAGAGACUUUGCAUCCAAGGAAUAGGCCUUAACCUCUCCUUCCUUGUAUUAAACCUGAAUGCCUCCCAUUCCUCAGGAACUAUGUGACCCCUAUAUGUUUAGUGCUUCCCCAUGCAUAAAAUGAAAAAUAUAUGUAUAGAUGCACUGUUAUUUAGUACUACUGUAUGUACAAUAUUCACAUUCUAAUCUUUAAAAUAGAACAUUUAAAAACUGAGGUAAAGCCAGUAUUGACAAAUGUAAUGCUAAUAAGGCUGUGUAUGUUGAGGAUUUACCAACAGUAUUUUAAGUCUAGCGUAAGCCUCUUAAUUCAUGAAAUUCAGGUAAGAAUGAUGAUAAAAAUAUAUUAAAUAUGGAUCCCUCUUGUUCUAUUGUUAAAUAUCAUUUAAUAAAUGAAUAAUUUAAUUUAGAAAUAUAUUUCAGUAUUUGUAUAAUGAGGAAAGUUGUUGCAAGUUGUCUUCAACUGUUUUAAUAAAUAAAAAAUAUAUUUUCUUCA